AUGGAAUCUGGGGAGAGAGUUUAUAACGUGUACUGCAGCGAAGAAAUAGCAAGAUUACUCCAAACCUCCGGCCAGCUCCAAUGGUUAGAGUCCCAGUACCAGGUUAAAGUAGAUUAUCAGGAGGGCCGAUUCCUCUUAACUGGAAGAGAUACUCCUGUUCAAGCUCAGCAGCAAGCCAAGCACAUAUUAAUAUCUCUGAUCCAGCAGUCAUCAAUCCCCAAAUCUGCUUUCCAAUGGUUUUGGUUUAAUGGGAAAUCCUAUUCUCCUUAUGACCCUGACUCCAAUCAAAAGAUCGAGGACGCAUUCCAAAGCCAGCAGCCAGCCCUAAUCUUGGAGACCUUUGGGAAGCUCUACAACAUCAACCUGAUCCACUUCGCGCAAUCUCCCCUGACUGGCAAGAUUUGGAGACCCAUAAUCAGGCAGCCUCCUCCAAUGAUGAGGAGGCCUGAAAAUCGAAGAGAAUUCACAUCUUGGACUUACGAUGACAAAGGCAAAAUAAAGCCGUUUUCAAGAGAAAUCGUGAUGAAGCUUGAAGAGGCGCUUAAAACUGGCACAAAUAAUGUGGAUAUCCGCAUGGGCAGUUCUGAGUUUGUCAUAAACUUGGAGAGGAUGGAAAUGCACAAUAAGAAAACCAAAAGAAUCCAGUCUGUAUCUAGAGAAACUAAAAGGCCUAGCUAA